AUGUCUCUUUGUACCAUCGAACCCUCGGUCACUUCGCCAACAAGCUUCAGGAAGCGCACUCCCAACUUCUCAGUCACUCAUAGCAAUAUACAUGUAUUUGAACAUGUCGUCUCACAGAAGCCGGAGAAAGUGGCUGUAAUUAGCCGAAAGGGAAUCAUGACUUAUUUCGACUUGAAUCAUCAAGCGGAUUGUCUCUCGGCUCGUCUAACGGCUUUGAAUGUCGUACCGGGAAGCGUCGUUGGCGUUGCAUUUAGCAGAGGUCUCGAGUAUGUCGUUGCUAUGCUUGCAACCUGGAAGAGCGGUUGUGUGUAUUUGCCACUUGAUCAUUCACUUCCUGGGAAUAGGAUGCGAUUCAUGAUGAAAGAUAGCGGCCUCUCUUGUCUUAUCACCACCAGCAGUAUUGCCGCGCAGAAAGGCUUCGAUCUCGAGGCUCAGGCGACGAUCUGUCUGGACGACAAGGGACAGUUCGAUCGGGUUUGUGAUCUACCGGCGCGAAAAAGCUCGGUCUUCGCUGACUCCUACGACAUGGCGUACAUUAUUUAUACGUCGGGAACAACUGGCAACCCGAAAGGCGUCUCGAUAACGCAUGGCAAUCUCGCCACUUUGGUUGCUGAUAUUGAGUACAGCGAGGAAAUCAGCGCCAACGACCGAAUCCUUCUUUUCGCACCAUUUUGCUUUGACGCUUCAAUCCGGGAUAUAUGUGGCGCUUUGAUGGUCGGCGCUUCCUUGUAUGUGCCACAAGAGGACGAAAUCUUACCUGGUAAUCUGCUGAAGACCAUUGGCACACACAAAAUCACCAAUUCUGUCAUCACUCCCUCCGUACUCCGUUCCUGCAUACAAGAGCCUCUUCCUUCUUUGAGGACUCUAGUGCUUGCAGGGGAAGCUGCCGAUGAGGCGCUCAUACGGAAUUGGGGUGCUGGUAGAAAGCUCAUCAAUGCCUAUGGUCCAACUGAGGCUACCGUCUGCAGCACAAAGCAGAUCUACUACAAUGGCCAAAUACCGGCUGGUUUCUCAGCCUCUGUCAUCGGAAAGCCUAUCAUGAAUGCACAUAUCAGCAUUGUGGACGACCAAAACAUCAUUGUCAGUCAUGGCGAGGUUGGAGAAAUCGUAGUCUCGGGCCCAAGCGUCAGCAAACAUGGUUACAUCAACAUGCCGCUGUUGAACGCUGACCGCUUCUUCAUAAAUGCCUCCAACGGUCAUCGCUCUUACAAGACUGGAGAUCUUGGAAGAGUCCUACCUGGAGGCGAGAUUGAAUGUCUGGGGCGCAUUGGAAGCACGAGACAAGUGAAAUUAAACGGGCAGCGUAUAGAGCUAGAAGAGAUUGAAAGUGUCCUUCGAAGCGAUUACGCUGUCACUGAUGCCGCAGUCAUCGUCCGCGGAGAACAAAAGGCAAAGAAGCUAAGCGCAUAUGUGGUGCCACGAUGCCGAAACGGUCCCGACUGUAAGGAAGCGCUGUCUACUCACUUGGAUCAGCUGAUGCGGGCUAGAUUACCGUCAUACAGCAUUCCAACCAGUAUCUGCUUCCUUGACGCGUUGCCACUCUCUGUCAACAAGAAGCUUGACGUCAAAGCUCUACCGGACCCCAAUGUCACUGCCAAUCUCGAUAACAACGGCAAGGAUAACGGGCUCACAUUGAUGGAGCAGAAGGUCGCGCAAGCCUUACUCGAGGCUCUUGAUUUACCCCUUGAGCAGAUCUUGCAACAGGAUACGACGUAUGCCGAACUUGGUGGCUCAUCCUUACAAGCUUCUCUAGUAUUGAAGCACCUCAACAAGUCUCUCGGCAGCAAGAUACAAUUGGGGCAAUUUUAUCGACGAAACAUCUCCCUACGCCAGCUCACCAAGCUUGUGACUGGAGGCAUGGGCCAAACGGCAAACAUGAUCAGUCAAGAUCUUUCCAAUCGCGUCGAGCUUCCCUACGACAUUGCAUACAACAUUGGUUCGUCCUUGCUCGAGCGUCACCAACAUGUCCUACUCACGGGCGCGACAGGCUUUCUUGGAAGCCACCUUCUCGCGGAGCUCCUCAAGGACGACGCUACUCGGGUGAGUUGCAUUGUCCGUGCUAAAAACGAUGAUGCCGCAUUAACUCGUACAAGGAGCGCUCUUAAAACUUGGGGUCUGUGGGAUGAAACUUUCUUAGAUCGCAUCCAAGCCAAAGCCGGAGAUGUGAGUAAGCCUUUGAUGGGCCUCUCAGCUGACACUUACAUGGAUCUAGCCCGCCAAACAGAUACAGUGUUCCAUUCCGCUGCAGCUGUCAGCUUCAUAGCCUCUUAUGAAGAACUCGAAGAAGCCAACGUGACUGGCACUGUUGAAAUCCUGCGCUUCACCAGCACCCUCACACAGAAGCGACUCACCUAUAUUUCAACGCUUUCAGUCUUCUUCGGCGCUGGCACCGACCUUACACAAGGUCGUGAAGUCCCUGUUCAGAACCUAAGCAAGAAGAUACUGACCGGAUACGGGCAGACAAAGUGGGUAUCAGAGCAAUUAGUUCUGGAGUUUGCGCGCCUUGGAGGGCACGCACUGAUACUGCGCCCAGGGCGACUUCUAGGCAACACCAAGAAUUUCAAGUGCCCCAAGGACGACUUCACUGUACGGCUCCUCGCCUCAAUGAUAGAGACUGGAUCUGCGCCCACUCUAGACGAGAUAGGCGGCAAAGACUGGCAGAUUGAUCUAACACCGGUGGAUCUUUGCGCCAGACUGAUAUGCGAGCUAUCUCGGCAAAGUGUGACUGGUAUCAAGCAUAUCAUUAACCUGGACACGAUCUCCUAUGAAGCAAUGACUGACUCGGUGGGUGUCCCCAUCGAGCGGGUGCCUUAUCAAGACUGGAUUCAGACGGCAGUGAAAUCCAAGCAUCUCGGCCCACUGAGCUCGCUUUUCACUGAGCGUAUUUCUGACAAGGAUGAGAAGAGUGUAUUCGAAGCCUUGCUACAAAUGACCGUAUUCCGGCGUAGUGCUUACGAGGCUUCAGCUAUGACCCUCAAUGAAGCCAUCGGCGAGACACCUGCAACUGGCGAUCUUCUGUCCAAGUAUUUAGCGGCUAAUCAGGAUAUUUUCAAUUGA